AUGGCGCCCAUUCACUCGCGCUUUGAGAGCAGCACCACGGACAUGUGGGCCUGGGAAGAGCGCAAGGAGAAAGCAAAGAAAGCAAAACGCAUGCUGAAGUUCCUCGAUGGGCAGGAGGUCACCUCCAACCCUUCCUCUCCCGCAGAGUCCGUCGGCGAGCUAUCUCCAAUUCCCUCGCCCACUGCGUCAGAGCAGGAUCGAGAAAUUGAGGGCGUGGUGAAGGAUUAUCUGACACAGCGGGUUCUUGCAUGCACGGCUGUCACGUUGGCCAGACGCGAGAGACGCGAGAUUUACGAUAUUGCCGCUGAAGAUGAUGACGCAAAUAUCGUUAUGCAGACCAUCCUGAAGCAAAAGCUACUGGAAGCGCAGGAGGCUUGUUCCCAUGUUAAUGGCACCUCCGAGGCGGGACCGUCGCGACAGACCCCGAGAUACCCGCCAGGUUUGGGCCUCGAGCGCCGUGAAGAGGAAGAAGAAGGUUUAACCCAGGCUAGGACCAUCAUUGUCACUUACCCAGCGGGCCCUGCUUCUUCUUCUGACAACAAGGAAAAAGAAGAACCGACCGACAGCGAGGCCGAAACGGAGACGGGCGAUUACGUGCCAAAAGAACCCGAAGGAAAAAGGAGCCACGACAACGAAGAGGCCGCAGAGACCGACAGCGAGACUGUGGUUGCAUCUGACACGGCUGGCCCUUCUUCUCCCAAAGAUGGUGAGCAUGCUCGCGCAAAGCCUCAGAAGAGUGGUCCGAAGAGCACGAAGAAAAAGAACCUUAUCAAGAAGAAGUCACAGAAUCGAAAGAAGAUAAUUGAAACCCGCCGCAAGGCAAAGGCUCGCCAGGACCGAAAGAAGAUCAAGGACGAUGCCAAAUCCGAAAAGGACGAGGAAGAUGAGGUGGCCGAUUCUUCUGUAACCGUUUGCUCUGCCUCUUCGUGUCCCAUUCCGACGAAACGCCAGACGGACGAAACGGAUUCCGAGUAUGAUACUGAUUAUAGCUUCAAUAUCAUCACCGGCGACGAGCUUCCUGAGUCUGAGCGGCGUCGACGCCGACGCCGGGACAGGACCGACGAUGACGACGAGUCCGUUGAGCCUGAGAGCCAAGAGCUUUCAAAGAGUCAGCGCAAGAAGGAGAAGAAGAAACGAAAGAAGAAUGCCGUGCGAGAGGCUGCGCGACUUGCACAGCAUACUACCGCUGCUGAAGCUUCAUACAAUCCUUUCACCCCACUUACAUCCAUUCAGUCAGAAGUCAAGGCAAAGAAACCGCAGAUGGAGCUUGAGCAGGAAGAACCUGGACAGGAGAGUUCUCUUUUUGUUUCGGCGGUCGAGAAUUCUGCUCCCGAAGACGAGCAGUCAAUUUCCCUGACCGAGAAGCCCUCAGAUAGGGCUCAGAUUCAUGAUGACGAUCAAACGGUUGCGGAAAUUGGCUCGGAGCAUGAAACUGAACAGGUCGCUGAAGAAACCGGCUUGGAGGAGCCGGUAGUGAGCAGGCUGGUGGCUGAUUCGAAUAUCAAUGUGUCGACCGAUAAUUUUGAGAUCACUGUGAGCCCUGAGCGUCCUGUGGUGGCCUCAGUCGAGGAGAUCGAGGACGACGCUUCUCCGCUCGGAAUCGGCGCGUCAGUCCAUAUUGUGCAGGAUGCAGGAAACGCCAUUGAGCUCUCUUUCGAAGCAACCGCCGUGGACGACUCAAGCGGCUCGACUACCGUGGUCAACGAGCCAAUUAAUACACCGCUCGCCGGCGAGCCGCGGCCGCGUCCCCCAUCGCCGCCUAGUCCUCCUCCCCUUCCGCCGCGACCCACCAGAUCGCGUACUCUGUACUAUGCAGAGGGUUAUCCGGUUGUCAAUCCUCGAGCCGUAUGGCCCAAUGAUACCGCCUUGCACCACCUUCGUGCACGAUGCGGCUUCCACCCGGCGUGCUGCUACCAUCGACCGAGAGGUUUUGGCAUGCGUCCUCCUGGUCGGUCGUGCUGCUGCAUGCACCACGGUGGCGAUUGUUGCCAAUGCCACUCUAUGGAGACAGAGAGCAGUGGGGUUGUCUACCAGCACUUUGAUGGAACGGUCACUUUGCCCUAUGUGCCUGAGCAUCUGCGCAGUCGAACCCCCAGCCCGCCGCCGCUUCCAAUUGUUCUCGAACGACUUGAGGAUCCUUUCGCGGAGGAGCAGUCUGAAGCUGAAUUUGAUGAACGUGGAUUCGAUUCGCGAAUCUUCUCAAAUAUGCUUGCCCGCUUUGGAAGCAUCAUGAAUUCCCCCGGGCCUGUGACGGCAAUGGUCCGGGCUUGGGGAGACGGGCUCCAACGCACGAUGGUUCUUAUUGAUGGCCAGGUGCCUCAGUACACUGAGGUUCCAUAUCCUGCUCUUCCGCCAGAGUCUGAAAACGAAGAAUUGGAUGUUCCUACCGUGACCGGAGUUAUCUGCGAACCUGAGGCGCCAGGUCAGGCGGAGCAGCACACUCAUGAAGCGAUUGAGGCUGUGGCACAGGAAUAUCAUCUUCAGGAAGAGCAAGAAGUUGCACAGCAAGAGGAAAACUCACAGGAGGAACAUUCGCAGCAGGAAGAACAUCCGGGGGAGGAUCCAAUCGUCCAAGUGAUUUGGCAAGUGCCACUACCCGGUAACCUCAUCGGGGAAUCGGAGCAGAUCAGCUUUGAAAUCAAUCCGUCAUCUUCUCGGGCGUCGACGGAGACGGUGGCGGAGUCUGAUGUGGGCAAUGAGAAGGAGAACACGAACGAGAAGGACGAAAAAUCUGAUGGUCAGUUGAAGGAGCUCAAAGACAACAAUGAGAAACCGGACGAGCCGCACGACGGCACUGACGACCAGUCCGAUAAACAACAAAAGGAAGAAGAAUCGAACGACAAUAAGCCUGAGACCAGACGCCCCGUCUUCCGGCCAUAUGUCCCCGGUGAGGUCCGGUCUCAUUCUCAACCCGCGCGCAAAUCCAAGGAGAUGAUAUUUUCUCGGGUUUCUUCUUUUGAUUCACUGGCAGUGGAACACACGCGGUUAAUGGUUGCGCCUGUUUUUGUGCAGCAAGCCUGUAGAAAUCCGGAGAGGGGAAGAAGCUGGGCUGAUGAGAUGGAUAGAGAGGCUUCUUUGACUGCAGAUGCAGAGGCACCUUCGCAGGGCCGAGGAGAUGAAGCAGGGUCUGAAAAUAUGCCUAACAAUGAGCAACCGAGUGAUGAUGUGCAGAAUGCGGAUGGUGCUGGGGUUUCAGGCAAGGGCAAUGGCAAUGGGGGAGAAGGAGGAAGCAACUCGGCUGAAGGACAGGAGCCAUAUCAUUUCAACGAGUACCAGCACAUCCAGUGGCAGGACCCUCGACCUGUUUUUCACGGUCCGCUGCUACCUCACACACCUGAAUAUUCUUCCUUCCUGCCACCUCGCGACUCCUCUUCUCCUCCACACCUUCACCCUCCACUGAGCAAUAUUCAAACCUACUACUCAGACAACCUCAUUCUCGCCAGGCCUCUGAUGCCCCCUCUUGCUAUCCACGUCCGCAAAAUGUAUGGAGAUACCAGCAUCUCGGACUUGGAGAUCGUCCUGCACCUGGACUGGGCGCCUAUGGCGUCUAUCCCGCACCCCGUCCACAAAUUCAUGCUCCAGAGCAACCCGACCCUGCACUACAUUUUCACCCAGCUCAGCAUCCGUGCUGGCGCUGAGGUCAACGAGAUCCACGUUCAUGGCGGCUUUCUGUAUCGUGGCAUGCACGCCUUCGGCAUGGCCCUGAAACACCUGUACAGCUGGCCCCUGUUGACCAACAAUGACCUGCGCGUGUGCACUCUCCAGUCCAUGGGCAUAGAGCAGCAGCCCUCUGAGGCUCGCCCCACCGUGAACCCUCUCUAUCUCGACAAGGCCAUGGUCGAUUACGCCUUUUACUACGCGGCCACUGGUGCCUUCCUGGGCUACUCUGAUAUCGUGCAGCGUGGCAUGGAUAUUGCUUUUACUUUGGUGUCGUGGGACACCAUCGAGCAGUUCCUGAGCUUCGGCGUGCGCAUCAACGAAUACCUCAUCCGCUGCCUCGACGUUGCUCCCGUUACCGCAACUGCCGCCUUCGACUUCGAGGCGCAGAACAAACAGCUCCAGCGCGUCUGGGGUGAACGCAUGACCAACUACUCGCUGGAGUACGUCCUGCAGGCCGUGGAUCCUGACUUCCCCCUGUGGACCAAGGGCCGAUCCGAGAUCGUGCCAGACCGCAUCCCCAUCCCGAUUCGCACCCUGCCCGGUUCGAUGAUGAUGAGUCCUGAGCUGCUGAACAUUCGCUUCGGCGACCUGCCCGCCAUCAAUGAAGGCAAGCCCUCCGAGUCCUUCAUUCUCAUCCCGUGCAUCGCCUUGAUCACCCUCCCCUAUGCCACCCUGCAGCGUGGACUGGCCAUUCUGCGCAAGCGCAAGGCCCUGACCCACGGCCUUCUGAAGAAGAUCGUCAUCGAGCGCGAGGACCGCCGUGUGCGCGCCAUCCGCUUCAAGAACCAGAGCAGGCCCUACCCGCUUGAUCCCAUCCCGACGGAUCAGCUGAAUGAGCUCGGAUACCGUGAGUUCGUGGUCUCGGCUCCAGCCCAGGAGGACGACACUCCCCAGGCAGUUGCUGAGCGCCCCGGUCAGCUGAAGCGGGAGUGGAAGGGUUUGGAUCCACUCAAUAUGGACGACCUGCUUCCCCGGGCUAGCUCUAACCGGCCUACGGUGCCUACGAGUGAUGCCAACUAA